AUGCCACCUCGCAAACGCGCCCUCGACGCUGCUGGGGAUGGCGAGCCCCUCGCGAAGAGACGCUCAUCCCGCCAGGCAACAGCCGCCGCCACAGCGUCAGCAGCGACGGCACAGCACAAGGCAGCCACAGCCUCAGCCAAGGCUGUGCCCACCACCACACUGGCCAAGAAGCAGCAGGAGAAGAAGAAGGCUGCCUCCAAGGAUCCCGCACCAGCCACAAAGCCCAAGGGCCGUGUCGCCACAAAGACCAAGGCCAAGGCCAAGCCCAGGGGGAAGCCCAAGGCUGAGGCUGAGGAUGGAGACGAGGCGGCGGCUGACACCGAGGAGCCAGAGAAGCCUUCAGCCUCGAGGGGGAGGGACGUGACGCCAGACCCAGACCCAGCGUCCCUCCCGGUCCAGAAUCCGGAGACUGUCCGCCACGAUGGCGAGUGGUACUGGCUCAUGAAGGCAGAGCCCGAGUCGCGCUUCGAGGGGGGCGUGGACGUGCGCUUCUCCAUCGACGACCUGCGCGCAUGCACGAAGCCAGAAGGAUGGGACGGAAUCAGGAACUAUGCAGCACGCAACAACCUGCGCGCCAUGAAUGCAGGCGACAAAGCCUUCUUCUACCACUCCAACUGCAAGACCCCCGGCAUCGUUGGCACAAUGGAGAUUGUGAGAGAGCACUCAGAAGACAAGAGCGCCCGACGCCCGGGAACGCCAUACUACGACCCCCAGUCCACCCGCGACAAGCCCAGGUGGAGCCUCGUGCACGUCGAGUUCCGCCGCAAGUUCGCCGUGCCCAUCCUCCUCCCCGAGCUGCGCGAGCUGGGCGCCGCGGGUGGCCCCCUCGCCCAGAUGCAGCUGAUCAAGCAGUCGCGGCUGAGCGUGAGCAAGGUCAGCGGGGACGAGUGGCGCGCGCUGUGCGAGCUGGCCGACAAGAAGGCCAGGGACGCCGGGCUGGAGCAUGAAGAUGCGUGA